CCUUCGUUUUCGUUGUUGGAGAAAAUGGCUACCUACAAACUGCUCGUCAUAUCACUUAUCGGGGUACUCAACGGAAUCCUCAAAGGGCAAUUCGUCACUCAUAAUUGCGCCCAGCAUAGGGUGCGGGCAAAAAGCAGAAUCGCGCAGGGAUCCGAUUUUAUUGGCCUGAACUAUAAUAGUGGUUUUGAUCGUUCGAAACUAGAAGAAUUGUUUAUUCCUGAGUGCGAAGGCAACCGAGUGGACUAUGCUGCUAGACAAUGCUUUGAUAUUGGACGCAGCUUCUGUGCCUGUGCGGCUAUCAAUGGCACCAUGCUUACUGACUGGAGGGAUAACCUUCAAGCAUGCAACUGUGUUCGCGCUCAACAAGUCGCCAGACAGGCGGCAGGGUAUACUGGCAUUCCUGCAUGCGAUCAGUCCGGGUUCUUCCAGAAGAGACAGUGCAUUCCGCAUGGCUGGUGUGAUACAGUCGACCCAGUAACUGGAUAUGUGAUCAAAGGCCACAAUAACUUAGACCCACUUAUGUACCGACAAUCACGAAGCCGAAAUAUACUCCUUAGACGUCCAAAUCUACAUUACCAAGGCCGUCAUAAUCACCAGUUUGGUAUGAAACCCAAAUCGUCUGAAGAAAAGGGCAGAGGGUUCGAACAACAUGCACAUGACUACCAUCGACGUAUGAAAAGGCCAAAGCAUCAUCGUUCGAAGAAUCAAAAGAAGUUCGACCCGGACCAAAGCCCAGAAGAAACUGAAAAAACUUCACCUCAGACUACGUCAGAUGGGUACCUGUCUAAACUAGCUGAAGUUAAUGAAAGCGACGAGCAGAGGACCACACCUACCACUCUGAAGAAAGAGGAGACGAGCGAUAGAAACAAAGAUUCUACCUCACAUAAAUCUAACGGAGCUCGCUAAAUUUAUGAUAGCAUUCCAAAGAGGCAUUAAACCACGAAAAAUACAAAAAAAAAAAACUCUUAGUGAAUGAAAACAGAAAAAGAAACGAGUUCGUACAUAUGUGAUUUCGCUUAGGUAACUCGAAAUUCACAAUAUAGUGUAUUAUUAAAUUC